CUGGAGUUGUGCGCGAACUCGUCAGUAGUGUCAGAAUAAGGAGCCCAGAUAGGAGGUUGGAGUGCGUUUUCUGCACUUCCAACAUCAGUCUGUUUUAGAGGGCGUUGAGUAUGGUUGCUUACGAUGAGAUUCCGAACUUUUUGCCCACUAAAAGGACUAUCAAUGUGGUAGAUGUUCAAUCACAGGUCUUCCACGCCAAAGAAUUGGAGGAGCCAAGCAACAAGCGGGUCCGACCUUUAUCGCGAGUCACAUCUCUAGCAAAUUUAAUAUCUCCCUCCAAGAAUGGAGCAGUCAGACGUUUUGGACAAACAUUACAGAGAUCCAUCACUUUCCGUAGUGAUAACAAAUCUCCAGGUUGCCCUCAAAGGGUGUGUAGCAAAGCCUCAGCACCGACCCCACCUAAGAGGCGUAACAGCAAGUUGUGGGUGGAGACUCUAGACGUGAACACAAAGCAGAAUUUCUCUUCAAAGGAAAUUAAACGACAAGAGGCUAUAUUUGAGCUUUUUCGUGGCGAGCAAGAUCUAAUUGAAGACCUAAAAUUAGCAAGGAAGGCGUAUCAUGAUCCUAUGUUGAAGUUAUCCAUCAUGACAGAAGGAGAACUAACCCAGAUCUUUGGAGCUCUUGAUUCUUAUAUCCCCCUGCAUGAAGAGUUGCUAACCAAGCUGGCUAAAGUUACAAAGCAAGAUGGGACAGUAGAAGAAAUUGGUCACAUCCUUGUAAAUUGGUUGCCCAGGCUUGAUGAAUACAAAGAAUACUGCAGUAACCAGCUGGCAGCAAAGGCCCUCUUGGAUCAAAAGAAGCAAGACAAGAGAGUGCAGGAUUUCCUUCAACGCUGCCUCGAGUCGCCCUUCAGCAGGAAGCUGGACCUUUGGAGUUUCCUGGAUAUUCCUCGCAGCCGUUUAGUUAAGUACCCCCUGCUGUUGAAGGAGAUACUGCGGCAUACACCUGGUGGACACUCAGACCAGAAGAAUUUGGAGCAUGCGAUUGCCAUCAUUCAAGCAGUUCUAUCAGACAUCAAUGUGAAGAAAGGAGAGUCUGAUUGUCAGUACUACAUUGACAAGCUGGAUUACCUGGAUGAAAGGCAGAAGGAUCCACGAAUUGAAGGCAGCAAAGCCCUUCUUUGCCAUGGGGAGUUGCGAAACAAUCGGGGGACGAAACUAUACGUCUUCCUAUUCCAAGAAGUCUUAGUACUGACUCGCCCAGUAUCUCGCAAUGACCGUCAGUGUUACCAAGUAUACCGUCAGCCGAUGCCUGUUAAAGAUCUUCUGCUGGAAGAUCUACAAGAUGGCGAUACCAAAAUGGGUGGCUCCUUCAGAGGAGCUUUCAGCAAUUCUGACAAAGCCAAAAACAUCUUCAAAGUCCGUUUCCAACAUGCAACACAGGGACAGUCAUCGCAUACGCUACAGGCCAAUGACAUUUAUAACAAACAGCAGUGGAUGAAUUGCAUACGGAAUGCCAUAUCACUCUACCAGUCGGCACCUCAUCCGACAGACCACCAAGAGCUCUCUGAUUUAGCUGAAGAGUGUGAGAAAGACUCUCAACAUUCAACAGAACUUCAGCAGGAAGGGCAGGCGCCUUGCCUCUCUGAAGGGGUGGAAAUGGCAGAUAGUGGUUCAGAGACUGGCUCCAAUAUGGACACGAGUGAUUCUGAAUCAAGCAGCCUAAGAAACAGCAUAGAGAGCGAGGAUUCAAUAGAACAGUGUGACUCCAUGUCAAAAGGCAGCACUGAAGUGAUCCAGCAGCAGGAACAAAUGACAAAGAGAACAGAAACAUUGGUGUGACACGCCUGUUCUCGGCUUAUGAAGCAGACUCUAUUUAUAUAUGUGUACAAUGUUUGUACUGUGGUUUAGCACCAGGAUUAAUUCGCCAAUCUUGUUACUCUUCUCUCUCCAUAUAAAAUUUGGCAGCUAUUAAAUCCAGUUAUCUUUGAACUACUGUUGGUUUUCUCCAAAGUGACUAAAUCUCUUAAUAACCCAAUAGUAAUUUUUAAAUUACUGGGUUAUUUGUUGUAAUAGAUUUUGGUUCAAAAGCUUUGUUUCAGUCUUGUAAAUGGCGUUUGCUAAUAUUUUUGUGUUGUACAUUCCCUUUGGCCAUCCAUAUAUCCUGCAGAUAUAUUAAAAUUCAAUAUUUUUUGUAGAUCAUUAAAUUUUUUGUUACAUUUUUUAAUUAAGUGAUGUUCCCAUGUAAUAUCAUUUAGAGAGAAAAACCUUUCUUCAAAGAUAAAGUACUUUUGAUUUAUUAUAUUUACAUGUUUUUUUAAGAUUUCAAAAUUUGUCAAUCCUUCUGGUUAUAUGCGAUUGAGCCAUUCCUGUAAUUAUGUUGAAGACCAUACAUCUGCUGUAUUAUCUUUGUCAGAGCAAGCAUGUAAAAUGUGUUUUGUGCUUUGGACUACUGAGGGAAAUGCCAAGGAAUUUUGAAAGGUGAUAGAAAGUCGCAGGAGGUUAGAAGAAUGUGUAUCUAAUGGACUUAGAAGUAAGCUGCUUGAUGGAAAAUAAUUAGUAAUUAGUCAUGAGUUUUAAAAGUUCACAGAUGGCUGUAAAUUUAAACAGUCAGUAAUGUUGCAAUAUGACACGGUGGGAGGGAAGUAGCAGCAUUUAAUGGAACAAGUAUUAUUGUGUGGGUGAGUGCAGAGAAGGAGUCUAGAAUGUGACUGUGUAUAGAGUACACCUGACAAGGAGGUAAUAGACUGAUGGGCAUUUCUCUAAUGUACAGAUUACUGGAGUCAAAUGUAUAAUAAAACUGGAAAAUAAUAAUC